CAACAUAAAAGCAGCAAAUGUCUCUUGUCCUGCUUGCACACACAAACACACUCGCUGGUUCCCUGUUUGCUGCUGGAAGGAAAGCAGGAGGUGAGGAUCCACUUUCUACACCCCGCCGCUGAAGCUCUCACCUAUCUGAACCAUGGAUGCUGCAGAGUUUCGGCGCAGAGGAAAAGAGAUGGUGGAUCAUGUCGCCGACUACCUGGAAAAGAUUGAGGAACGACCAGUCUACCCAGAUGUGGAACCCGGAUAUCUCCGUUCUUUAAUCCCUACUGAGGCACCAGUAGAGCCUGAUAGCUAUGAGGACAUCAUGAAAGAUGUGGAGAGGGUGAUCAUGCCAGGGAUAACACACUGGCACAGUCCAAACUUCUUUGCUUACUUCCCAGCAGCCUCCUCUUACCCUGCUAUGCUGGCUGACAUGCUGUGUGCAGCCAUUGGCUGUAUAGGAUUUUCCUGGGCUGCCAGCCCAGCAUGCACUGAGCUGGAGACCGUCAUGUUAGACUGGCUUGGAAAGAUGCUCCAACUCCCAGAGUGUUUUUUAGCCGGCACACACGGCCAUGGAGGAGGCGUAAUUCAGGGCACAGCUAGCGAGGCGACCCUUGUGUCUUUGCUUGCUGCCCGCUGCAAAGCAAUCCGACGAGUCCAAUCGCUUGACCCGAAAAAAUCAGAGGCAGAAAUUCUCUCCAAAUUGGUUGCAUACACUUCAGAGCAAGCUCAUUCGUCUGUGGAGCGUGCAGCUCUGAUUGGUGCAGUGAUGAUGAAGAAAGUUCCUACAGACAAUCUGUAUGCUGUCAGAGGGGAAAUGCUUAAAAAGAUAUUGGAAGAAGAUAAAGCUGCUGGACUCAUUCCUUUCUAUUUCUGUGCGACUCUUGGUACCACUCCAUCCUGUGCUUUUGAUCACAUCGCCGAUCUGGGACCCCUGUGUAAUCAGGAGAACAUGUGGAUGCACAUUGAUGCCGCUUAUGCUGGCAGUGCUUUUAUUUGUCCUGAAUUUAGACCUUUAUUAAAUGGCGUGGAGUAUGCAGAUUCCUUUAAUUUCAAUCCACAUAAGUGGAUGUUAAUCAACUUUGACUGCUCCGCAAUGUGGGUGAAGAAGAGAACAGAUAUCAUUGGAGCCUUUAAGAUGGAACCACUGUACCUAAAACAUGAAAACCAGGAGUCAGGCUUGGUCACUGAUUAUAGGCACUGGCAGAUUCCAUUGGGAAGAAGAUUCCGAUCACUCAAGAUGUGGUUUGUCUUUCGCAUGUAUGGACUCCAAGGCCUGCAAGCUCAUAUAAGGAAGCAAGUGGGUCUUGCCAAAGAGUUUGAGAGUUUGGUGCGAGCAGACAAGAGGUUUGAGAUCUGUGCUCCUGUUGUCAUGGGACUGGUUUGCUUCAGGCUUAAGGGCACCAACGAGCUGAACCAAAGCUUGCUGAAAAAAAUCACCAAGAGCCGAGAAAUUCAUCUAGUGCCUUGCCAGCUCUCGGGCAGUUUUGUCCUCCGUCUUGCCAUCUGUUCUCGUUCCACGGAGUCCCGCCACAUCCAGCAAGCGUGGCAGCACAUCACACAGCUCGCCUUUGAGCUUUUGCAGGAGCACCAUCAUUGACAACAAGUUGGCUGGUUUGGCUUGUGCUCCCUUCAAACAGAACCAAAAAUUGGACAGGUUUAUGAAGCAUGCUGAUUUACUAAACUAUAUGGAAAAUUCACUGAUUAGUCUGCAAAGUUAUUUUUGCAUAUAUCUUUAAAAAUGAUUAUGCAAUUAAGAGCAACUUAAAAUCAGAGGAAUAAAAAUGAAAAAGCAUGGCACGUUUCAGAUUUUGAAUCUGCCGCUUCUCCAACCUUUGUCUUAGGUUCUGUCUAUCACUGUUUAGCAACAACGUCAUUGUCUUAAUCAUAGUGCACUUAUCUCCAUGCAGACUCAGAUUUGCCAUUUCUGUAUUGUAGGCUUUGAAGGUUUUGACUGUAGUGGAUUAUUUUGCACAGAAUUAAUUGUAAAACUUGAAUGAACAUUUAAAAGCUGACUUUCUCUCUUC